AUGUCCUCCCAAGGUCGCGGCCACCACUAUACCCUCUCCGACUACCAAGCCGCUUACGAUAAUUACUACGCUGCGGCGAACGCGAAUCCCGCAGGUGGUCAGAGCAGCAGCUCCUCCGGCGCUCCAAACGCCCAGUGGAAUGACCACGCGCCCAACACUGCCUCCGAAAACACACAAUAUCAGCCAGACACGAACAUAAAUGGCAAUGGCACCGUAAUCCCUUUUCGCCCUGGUCCGAAUGCGUAUGGGAGUGGUCAAUAUACAGCCGCAUCAGAGUCGCAGCCAGGGGAAUACCAGUUAGGGCUGAGGCGGUCACUGACAAUUGGGGGAUCACAAUUCAACACUCAGCAAGGGAGCGCAAUGAGUGAUGUACAGCAUUACGGCGCACCGCCAGCAUAUGGAGGUGAAGCGGUAUCCAUCAACAUUGAGCCUUCGACUCCUCAACAUCCAGGAAGCGGUGCAAGUAAUCCUGUCCCAGGAACGCUACAGCCAGGCCUCACGAACAGACCUGCUCCCCUCGCUGCCAGCAAUACCGCACCGAACUUGCCCACCCUACCUCAAAUAUCGACCCAAAUGCAGCAGACUCCUACGUCUUCAAGACCUAUGACCAUGAAUCACACGCACAGCUACUCGAGAUCGAGUCCGAACGUGAUGGAUCAGCCACGAUAUAAACCCUUUUCCAGCACUCCUGAACAAUCCAGGUACACGUCGGCUGGACCUGCAAAUAUGCCAAACACUCCUCAAGGGCCACCCUCCUACUCUCCUUUAGGUCUGGCAGAUAUCAGGCCUCGCUCAGACACAAAUGCGACAGACAUACCGUUCAGUCCGAGUAUAAUGCAAGAGACCGAAAGUCAAGCAUACCCUGACACAAGCAAUUACGUCGCGCCAUGGCCCAUAUAUGCCGUGGACUGGUGUAAAUGGCCCCCACGGUCCAACGGUCCCUCAACGGGCAAAAUUGCGAUUGGAAGUUAUUUGGAAGAUAACCACAACUAUAUUCAAAUCCUCGACACGAUGAAAACGCAGAUGGACCCGGACAACCCACACGGCGAGCGCGGUCUCGAGUUCGUCAAGACUGCAGAAGCUACACAUGCAUAUCCCGUAACGAGAAUUCUUUGGGAGCCGCCUUCGUCGAACAAACAGACGACAGAUCUGUUAGCGACGUCAGGCGACCAUCUACGAUUAUGGUCCUUGCCGAACGAUCAGCACAGCUUCCAGUCCAACUCUAUAACCCGUUCGGCGAACACAAAGUCUCCUCCUCUACAGAAAUUGUCACCAUUAGCUCUGCUGUCCAACUCGAAAUCUCCUGAACAUACCGCACCUAUCACGUCGCUGGACUGGAAUGUCGUCCAGCCGUCUUUGAUCAUCACUUCCUCGAUCGACACCACGUGUACGAUAUGGGACAUACCAACUUUGACAGCCAAAACGCAACUCAUUGCGCACGACAAGGAGGUUUACGACGUUCGUUUCUGCGCCGACAGUGUUGACGUAUUUGUCUCAUGUGGCGCCGACGGCAGUGUGAGAAUGUUCGACCUUCGAAGCCUGGAGCACAGUACUAUCAUCUACGAACCCUCAGACAAGCAGCAGGAGAAGAAUUGUAAGAACUCCUCUCCCACACAAUCAGACCCUCUGUCAACAUCACCGACGCGUGGCGCUGGCGCACAAACGCUCUCCUUCCCGCCUCCACUCCUACGCAUAGCCGCAUCACCUCACGAUGCUCAUCUCCUUGCCACUUUCUCCUCGGACUCGAGCACCAUUCGUGUUCUGGAUGUGCGACAACCGGGCCAAGCACUCCUCGAACUGAAGGGCCACAGUGCGUCAGUGAAUUGCGUUGACUGGAGCAGUACGCAGCGCGGGGUCCUAGCGUCCGGUGCAGAUGACUGCUGCGUUUUGCUUUGGGAUCUCAUGGGCUCUACAGGCUCUGUGCAGGGAGCUGGCGGUGGUGGUCCCGGUCAGGAGCGAGGCCCGUCGGCGGUCUGGGAGUCUAGAUAUGAAGUCAGCAAUCUGAGUUGGGCACCGACAAUGGGGACGCUCGGUGUUUGUGGUGGGAAAGGCUUCUGGGGUGUGCAAUUAUGA